CCGUGUCUCAGUCCCUUGGAAAGACGAGGACUCCCCUGCUAUUCUCAUUUUCUAUCUUUAUCCUCAACGCUUAUGGCGAGGAGACCGGACGACGAAUACGAUUACUUGUUCAAGGUUGUAUUAAUUGGCGAUUCUGGCGUUGGAAAAUCUAAUUUGCUUUCUCGAUUUACUCGGAACGAGUUUUCCUUAGAAUCUAAAUCUACAAUCGGCGUCGAAUUUGCCACCCGCACUCUCCAAGUUGAGGGAAGGACUGUGAAAGCUCAAAUAUGGGACACCGCCGGUCAGGAACGGUACAGAGCAAUAACCAGUGCUUACUAUAGAGGUGCUCUUGGAGCUCUUCUGGUCUAUGAUGUUACCAAGCCAACGACAUUUGAAAACGUGAGCCGAUGGCUGAAGGAGCUCAGGGACCAUGCGGAUUCUAACAUUGUAAUCAUGAUGAUUGGGAACAAGACUGAUCUGAAGCAUCUCCGAGCAGUUGCAACAGAAGAUGGUCAAAGCUACGCCGAGAAAGAAGGCCUUUCGUUUAUCGAGACAUCUGCAUUAGAAGCAACAAAUGUUGAGAAGGCUUUCUAUACCAUUCUCUCUGAAAUAUACCGCAAAAUUAGUAAGAAGUCGCUUUCUUCUGAUGAGCCAGCGGCCUCAAGUAUUAAAGAAGGGAAAACCAUUGAUGUUGGAACACCGGAGGCCAACACGAAAAUUGCUUGCUGCUCAUCAUCUUGAACAUGAUCUUUAAUUCAUUAACCUUUUUUGUGUAUUAAAUGUGUUAACUUCAUUUUGCUUUUAUUGAAACUGAGGGUUCUAUUGUGAAGACAUUUUAUUAUUGUUAUUACUCAUUUUUUUGGGAUCAUUGCAGACAUUUGAACCAUUCAUGUUC